UGAGAGAGUGAGUCAUGGAGGAGGAGCACAGAGGAGCGUUGGCUCAGAGCAUGAUUGAUGCCGUCGAUGAGAUAGCUUCCAUCUCGUGUUACAGGGGCACGGUCGAGAAGCGGUACCGCAAUCUGGCCACGAGACUGAAGCUGUUGACUCCAUUGUUCGAAGAGAUUAAGGACAGCAAGGAGCCAAUGCCCGAAGGGACGAUUGGAGCUCUUGCCGCGCUCAUGGAAGCUUUGAGUUCCGCGAAGGAGCUGCUGAAGUUCGGGAGAGAAGGCAGCAAAUUUUACGCGGUCUUAGAAAGGGAGCAGAUCAUGAAUAACUAUCAUGAGGUGACCUCCCAACUGGAACAAGCUCUAAGUAGAAUUUCAUAUGAAAACCUGCACAUAUCAGAUGAAGUCAAGGAGCAGGUUGAGCUCGUCCUUGGACAAUUUAGAGGAGCUAAAGGAGGAGUCAAUUCAUCUGAUGUCGACUUGAAUGAAGAGCUCUUAGCCCUUUAUUACCAGAGUAGUGACACAGCUCCGGAUCAAGCUGUCUUAAGGAGAUUGGCUGAAAAGCUAGAGUUAAUGAAGAUCGCUGACAUUAAGCAGGAGUCACUGGCUCUACAUGAGAUGGUUUGUGCAAGUGGUGGAGAUCCAGGGGAGAGCAUUGUGAGAAUAUCAAUGUUACUGGACCAAAUUAAAGCCUUUGUGCAGACAGAGAAACUUGACAUGGUUCCGCCUACCGGCGCAAAGAACGUUCUUCCCAGUUCCAGCGGGUCAUCAGUCGAUGGCAAUAAAAAAACACCGGUCAUCCCAGAUCUUUUCCGUUGCCCAAUAUCCUUGAAGUUGAUGAAGGAUCCCGUUGUAGUGUCAACAGGCCAGACCUAUGAACGCUCAUGCAUUGAGGAGUGGCUAGAAGCGGGUCAUAGAACAUGUCCAAGGACACAGCAAACCCUUUCUAACACAACUCUUACACCCAACAAUGUCCUUUGCAGCCUUAUAGCUCAAUGGUGUGAGGCUAACGGCAUUGAGCCACCAGGACCUCCAAGCAGCUCUCGACCCACUAAAACCAUCUCAGCCAGCUUCCCUGCAGAAUGCGCUGAGGUUGAACUUCUUGUGCGCAAACUUGCUUCUGGCAAUCCUGAGGAACAGCGGUCAGCUGCAGGUGAGAUUCGCCUUCUUGCGAAGUAUAAUAGAGAUAUCCGUGUGGCUAUUGCUGAAGCAGGUGCGAUUCCCUUCCUCGUACACCUUCUUUCAACUCCAGACUCGCGCAUUCAAGAGCAUGCUGUCACUGCUCUUCUCAACCUUUCAAUAUGCGAUGAGAAUAAAGGAAAUAUUGUCUCCUCUGGAGCCGUACCAGGCAUACUCCAUGUUCUGAGGACUGGGAAUAUGGUAGCACGGGAAAAUGCAGCGGCCACACUCUUCAGUCUCUCAGUUGUAGAUGAAUAUAAAGUAACGAUUGGUGCAUCUGGUGCGAUACCUCCACUCGUGUUGCUUCUAAAUGAAGGAACCCAAAGGGGGAAGAAGGAUGCUGCAACAGCUCUUUUUAAUUUGUGCAUUUAUCUAGGUAACAAGGGGAAGGCUGUCAGGGCUGGCAUUGUACCCACCCUGAUGCAGCUUCUAACUGAACCUGGAGGCAGGAUGGUGGAUGAGGCACUCGCUAUACUGGCAAUAUUAGCCAGUAAUGCUGAAGGGAGGGCUGCCAUUGGCGCUGCAAAGGUAGUGCCGGUUCUUGUAGAAUUGAUUCGCGUUGAUUCUCCUAGGAACAAGGAGAACGCUGCUGCUGUUUUGGUGCAUCUUUGUGCUGGAGAUCAGCAUCCUCUGUUAGAGGCAAAGGAACUGGGAAUCAUGGAGCCACUGGUGGAUUUGGCACAAAAUGGCACAGAGAGAGGGAAACGAAAGGCUGCUCAAUUGGUUGAGCUUUUGAGCCAUUUCGUUGAGCAGCAGCAGGAGGCUUAGGCGGUGCCUAAGCCGAGGUCGAGGUUCAGGUACAGGCUGAGACCGAGGCUGAGGCUGACGCUCAGCCAAAGAGCCGCCCUCGACUGCAAAUGUUAUUGAUAAUGAUAGCUGAAGCUUUUCGCCACCUCUUUUGUGCUUUUUUAUUCGUGAUUUUGGUUUUGAUU